UGGAUACAUCUAUAUUAUUAUUUUAGCCGCACGCACACCUCACGGCUGCGGGGCUGUCUCGAUUUUAUCAAUCAAGACACGCUGACACUUCCUGCCGGCAGCAUGUUGUGCGAAUUGCCUUUUGGAUAAUCCCUGUCGUGUGCUAAUCAACAAAAGAUAAGACAAACACCGGCAGGGUAAAUCGAAAAACUCAAGGCAAAAUGCUUCAAACUACGCCGUGAACCCAAGUUUAGUGGGACAUGGACGCGGAGAAAGGUCUCGAGGAGGACAUCAAAGUGCAGAUCUUGAGCGUGGGCUCCAUCUGCAACUGCCUCAUAUCGGCCCUGGCCCUUGUCUCACUGGUGUUCGUCGUUUUUCAGUGCAAGGAAUACCUGCGUCUCGUCCUGCUGUGGAUCGAGCAGCAGGACUCAGUCGUUGUGUACCUGAUUUUCGUGGUGCUCUUUACUGUGGUCUCGUUCCCCUUCACCUGGGGUUACAUCUUCCUCAACCUAGCUUGCGGCUACCUCUUCGGCACCCUCAAGGGCCUGCUGGUGGUAGCCGUGGCGGCGGUAAUCGGCAUCACCAUCGCCCACUACGUCAUCCAGACAUUCUUCGCCGACCUUGCCAUGCAACGAAUGUUCAACGGCGACACGGCCAAGGCCCUGCUCGCCGUCAUAGCUGGACCAAACGCGUUCAAAGUCAUCCUCUUUGCCAGACUUACGCCCAUCCCCUUUGGACUGCAGAACACAAUUUUUGCUGGGAGUUAUGUCAGCUACAAAAUGUACCUUUUGGCCUCUGCUACCGGUCUCUUCCCGACACAAGUGAUCAACGUAUACUUAGGCUCAACGCUGCGCUCUAUGGAAGACGUACUCUCUGAUGAGGCAACAGCUUCAACUGGUUACCUUGUUUUCGCUGUACAGAUUCUUGUUGGCUGCCUUUUGAUGGCAUUUGUGGUGCACAAAGCCAAGGCAGAGCUGAAAACCGCGUUAGAUGGUACUGAGAAAUGUCUGAGCCAACCUUACAGAUGACUCAUAGAGAACAGAUAACAUUUUAUGGAAGACUAUACUUUUUACAUGAUUUCUAUUAGUUUCAGCCAAUAAUAACACAACAAAAUUAUCUAAGUCGUUAUACUCAAAUCUGUUUUCACGCCGAAGAGUCAUAAAUCAUUUUGUUUUUCACACUAAGCAACUUUGAAAUUGAAGACCGAUGUUUUCAAUCAAACAUGUAAUUUUCUCUGUGAUAGUAUGUUAGUGCAUUUUGAAGUUCACUUUCUUCGUCCGCCCAGCUAUCUUGAUAAGAUGUUUUUAUCGCAUCCAGCAGUUAUUUAUUUGUUUAUUGUUAUGAUAUACGUUAAGCGAUGCACAAUUUGAGACUUGGACGCUCCAAGAAUCAACUAAAUACAAAAAUUGCACAACUUUACCAAAGGCUUUCAGUACUUUUUGUUAAUGUUUCGUCUAUUGUGACCUUUAUAGACUGCUUAAUAAAAUAAAAUAUAUACUUUACAAAACAAGA